AUGACUAGUAGAGAAAAACUCACUGUAAUUUGUUUUGACGAGACUUACGUGUCUAACAGAUUAUGUUAUGACAAAAAGAACGAACAUGUAAUUGGUCCACAUAAAUGUGUACAAACGGUUGUAGUUAGAGGUCUUACAAGUAAUUGGAAACAGCCAAUUUUUUAUGAUUAUGAUACUAAAAUGACUAAAGAAUUAUUAUUUAACAUAAUUGAAGAGUUACACAAAAUUGAUUUCAAUGUUAUUGCUAUGGUAAGCGACAUGGGUCCUUCAACAUGGUUAUGGCGGACCUUGAACAUUUCAAUUGAAAAUACAACGUUUGAACAUCCAACUACUUCCAAUAAAAUACAUGUUUUUGCAGAUGUGCCUCAUCUUUUGAAAUUAGCCAGGAAUCACCUAUUUGACAAUGGUUUUGUACUUCCAAAUUCAAAGUAUGUAGGUAAAUCAAUUUUACAGACUCUUUUGAAAAUCGAUUCAGGAGACUUAAAAUUAGCAUAUCGUUUGACUGAGAGACAUCUGGAAGUACAGGGUUGUGGAAGGAUGAAUGUAAAACUGGCUUCGCAAGUAUUUUCAGAUACUGUUGCUAAAGCCAUAGCUUAUUGUGGGGAAAAAAAUUAUUUAGAUAAGCAAAAUUGGAAAGAUGCCUCUGAAAUGAUUCUGCUGUUCAAUAAUUGGUUUGACAUCUUUAACACUCAGCAUAAGUUUGAUGGCGGUACUCCAAGCUAUGGAAUAAAUUUAGAGCAUCAAGAUGAAUUUCUAGAUAAAAUGAGUACUUUUAUAUUGGAAAUGAGAGUAUAUGGAAAAAAAACCCUUGUUCCUUUUCAAAAAGGAAUAGCAGUGUGCAAUAAAUCUUUAAAAUCCUUACUAAAAUAUUUAAAAGAUGAACAUGGCAUGGAGUACAUCAUUGGUAGGAGGCUGAAUCAAGAUAUAAUAGAAAACCUAUUUAGUUUUCUGAAAGGCAUGACAGGUUCAGCGAGCAGUAGUAUAACAGCUCUGGAUUUCAAAUACUGGCAAGUAUUUAUAUAG